AUGAGUGUCAAUGAUGAUGAUGAUGAGAGCGACGGCCGCCCCAAAAUUGACGAGAUUUUGCCUACAUCAAGCAUUCUGUAUAAAGAAGUGAUUGGCUCUGGAAGACGACAGUACUUUCAUGGGUUGGAUUUGCGCGGCAGCAACCACAAGGGCCGGCAAGUCUAUGUCGGCGAUGUAGUCGUAUUGGAUUGUCCCGAAUCGGACGACUCGAUUCCCAUGCCUCCGGAGCCACCCAACAGGGUGGCACGUCCGUGGUAUCCUUUGGAGAAUCCGUGGAAAGUGGGUCUGAUUCUGGCGCUCUGGAGUUAUCAAGAAAGUGCGGAGAGUGAGGAAAAGUAUGAGAUGAGCAUUGCGUGGUUGCAUCGAUAUUAUCAUGUGACAAAGCACAAGGAGGCGCUUCGGAAUCAAGUCAAAGAACUUAUGCACAUCAAUUUGAACAAAUUCUUGUUGAUCGAAUCGGACGACGUACAAAACUGUGUGUCGGCCGAACGAAUCAUUCCGGACAAGUGGGUGUGGCUGGUGGACGCCAAAAAAGAAGAGUGUUUUCAGCAACAAAAAUUGCCAAAGCUUAAAUUGCAGGACGCGCUUAUACGCCACGAGACAGACGACUGGACGCAGCUGCGACUGUUUUGCAAAUACAGAUUUGUCGACAAGCUUCAAGACGCUGUUGAAAAGACCGAGGAAUGGGAGUCUCUCACAGCAUCCAAAAAUGACAAUGAAGUAAUUCCAAAGGUCCUCCUACGAUUUUGGAAGUCUCCAGAGUUCACUCAUCACAGCAAUCCACAGUUCCUAGAACAACAGACCAAAGCCUACCAGGAAGCGGCCAAGGAAAAACUGAAAUACAGACAAACCAUUCAAAAGGAACUGGAAUACGUAGAAGGAGAGGAAGAAGCCGAAAUGGAGGAGGAAGAAGAAAUGCAGGAGGAAGAAGAAGAGCAAGCACCGGCCAAGUCCACGCGCGCUUCCAGGGCCAAGACAAAUGCCAAGGCACAGUCCAAAAAGACGAAAACCACAGCCAAUGCGGCGACUGCCAAAAAGACAAAAAAGACAGAUGCGGCAAAGAACCAAGCAGCAAAGAACCAACCAGCAAAGAAGGAAGCCGCCAAGAAGGCCAACAAGGCAAAGCCCACCCAGGCCAAGAAUGUUUCCAAAGCCAAAAAAGACGUCAAAGCCAAACAAUCUACCACCCGAAAGAACAGUGCAACCGCCACCGCCAAAAAGGCCGCAGCAGCAACGGGCAAGAAACGAACCGCCAAACAAUCCCAGGAUGAAACGACACAAAAGCAAAAAAAGGCACGUUCGGGAGCAGCACUGGAUCCCAGCAUCAUCUCCAUCUCGGAUGAUAGUGGCUCCAAGAGUGCCAAGAGUUCCAAAAGCGCCAAAAGUGCCAAGGUCAAGCCCCUUGGGGGACACAUUUUCAAAAAGGGAUACUCGACCAAGUAUUACUAUCAAGUAGAGGUUCCGUGGGAUCCACAACAGUGGGAUCCUUCGUUGCGACCGAAUGUGCCCUCAGAUGUCUGGACCUUGCGUGUGGGAGACAUUGUCGCGGUUCCAAUCGAUGUUGCCAAGGCUCCGGAUAAAAAGGCCAAGAAUCCGUGGUUUCCCUUUUGCGCUAACUGGUCCGCCGGUAUGGUCAUGGCACUCUUUGAUGCAGAGGGAGAAUGUCACAUGACGGUGCGAUGGUUCCUUCGGUGGUCCGAAUUAUCCGAAUUGGACCCCCCAGUGGCGCGACGAUUGAAAAAGGAAGCCCCCGAGAUUGUCGAGCACUUGCAAACAUCACCACACUGCAAGGUUUUGGAAACGUCUUUGGUCGAUGACAAACCUGUAAAGUGGGCCUGGGGAAAACUCAACAUGGGAACCGUGGCGGUAAGCGACGAAAUGCCGCUGCAGUUGCAAUGCCACUACAAAUACAAUAGAGACUUCGCAAAAGCAACCGGCAAAAAGAAACAACCCGUGGCGGCUUGGAUGAUUCCGGUACAGGAGGAAUGGGACAACUAUUUCUGCACAUUCCAACCGUGGCAACGGGCCGUCACGUCCGAGGAUGAAGAUUUGAGUCACUUGCCCUUUGACAGAUACUCUGCCUUUAUGCUGAAACAAGGCAGGCACAGCCACAAGAACAGACCCGCGCAGUCCGGAAUCUUGUCCGUGUCAGUCGCCAACAACGACACGGAGUCCGACAAGUUUUUGAAUCUGCAGAUGAUGACCUGGAAUCCUUCAAAAUGGAGACUCCCCCUGGCCACGGAGGGGCAUCGAUGGACCGUUGCCAGGGAGUCUAGUGCGACAAACAGCGGCGACACUCCCUUAUUGAAUCCAUUGGGGAAAAGCAAAGUGUUGCUCAAAGUGGACGAUCAGUACACCUUUUGGGACUCUCUGGAGUUGCCAUUGCAAAUCAGUCACUACGAGACUUUGGUAUUUGAUCGAGCUAAUGAGCUCCUCCUGCAGAGUCCCAGGGCACCCCAAUUUCGAGUGAAAGUGGGGGAUGUCGUGUGCAUUGCGCGAGAACAGGAACCACAAAUUGGCUCGCAAAAUGGAAGUGGCAAUUACUACCCAUUUCGAGGGCACUGGAAAGUUGGACAGGUGAUCACUAUCUAUACCAAAGGCAGCACCGCUCGUACUCGCAAUUCCAAGAAGCACAUAAACCAUGAUGUCUUUCUUGAAGUCCGAUGGCUGUCGCGAGUCACCGAAUUGCCGGAAGAAUGGAAAAACAAUUUGCGACACGGCGGGUACAACAGACAACAUUCAAGCCGCAGCGAGAGAGGCGGUGUUACUUUGGAUGUCCUCGAAAGCGACAUGAUAGAAGAGGACAUCCCAGCUUCCAAUGUUCUUUGUCCAGUUGAGCUCCACAGAAAGGGGCAAGGAAACAAAGUUGUCGAGUUGUCGAUGGGACGUCGUCAAACUAACUACGACGCCAAGUCAGUCCCGACGAUCCAAUGCAAUCUUUUGGCUUUGUUCUUCUGGAGUGCCCACGGCUCCGUUGACGCGCUGUACUGUCCCAUGGCUGAUUCUCGAGAGGAGGCAAAAUUUGCGGAAUGCCUCUUAAAUCGGUUUUUCCGCCGUGGUUGCAACGUGUCCCAACUCCUCACACAGAACCAGGGCCUUUUGGAUGAAAACACAUACAAGCUACCUGCCCCAGCCCGACACCAAAACCAGAUCCAGAACAGCAGCGACACCGUUAUGGUCCAAAAUCCCAUUGAGUUUCGCCUUGGGGACUCGGGCGUGGCACCCGCCAAACGAUUCCUCGAAUCAGUGCAGAUUUUGCCUCGAUGGGACCUUUGCCAGUAUCCACUAUGCGACCAGCGAGAUCGUUCCGGGCUUCUGUGGACGCUUACUGUUGGAGACUUUGUGGCGGUACGCGAUGCAGAAGAAAGCCAAGAAGAUUCGUUUCCAUUCACUGUACCAUGGAGCAUUGCUCAGGUUGUAUCGAUAGUCCGGAGCUUGGCUACCAGCGCUGAUGUAUCGCAGAACGAAAACGCCACCACGGGAUAUCACGUGGAACUACUAAAGUUCCGCCUUGAAACGGUGCGCCGACUUUCACCGUCGGACGGAAAGCUGCUGUCCACUGCUGUUGAGACAAGCGAAGUGUACGCCAUUGAGCUGCCCGAACGCCCCUCGGGUGCAGAAUCAUGCAACCUACUCGGCCCUGCUUCCAUAUAUUUCCCAACUAGCAAUCCUCCAAGUCAAAGAGACGCAGUUCUGGGUCUACCGAAGGAAGUAUUUAUGCCAACAGCAGCGUUCUGGUACGGCGAACCUAGCAGUGAUGAAGGAUCUGCGUCAUCCACGAACAGCCUAGUGCAGAUUUUUGAAAGAAGUGUUGGGUUUGCUACUCAGUACGACUCUCCAUCGAGAAGGGAGGAAGCCAUACAAAUCUUUCGUGCACGAUGCAAACGAGAGUUGCAACGACAAAGCAGCAACAGCGUCGCUUUUCUACACCAACAGGCACUUAUGGGUACGCCACUUUCCGGCGUCGACCGCACACAAAGCUCGCAGCCAGACUCAUCCGAUUCACCGGCACAGCUCUCUCCAGAAUCAACACGAUCCGUUCAAUCAAGACAAGAGGCGCGCAUCCAGAUUCCUUUCGAGCCUAUUCAUGUUGACAAAUCUUCAAAGAGAGCCUAUUAUGACAAGAUCAAACUGGAACCGGCAUACGGGAGCUUCGCCAUUCGCGCCGCAGACGAACGCAAGGAUGCGCUUUGGCAACUAAACCUUGGUGACGUGAUUGUUGCACAUUAUGAGGAUAACAAAUACAAAGGCGGCGGAGCAGCCUACUUUGAGCCCGAUCUGAAAACCAAAGUGAAGCUUCGAGAGGAGAAGUCCAACUAUCCUUUUUCCAUGCCGUGGGGAGUGGCUGAGGUUGUUUGUAUUUACAAGGACGAUUUCAAUGAUACCCAGCGAGGGUAUGCUGGUAGCCCAAAGAGUUGCAGCUCCGAUGAAGUUCAUGUUUCCGUUUGGGUAGAAGUUCGGUGGUUCUACCGUAAUAACGAGCUUCCCAGUUUCAAAAACCGCAAAGAAGUUGGAUCUUUGAAAACACUUGAAGAGAUUGUGGAGAGUGACCAUGUUGACGACAUCGCUGCUUCGUCCAUUGUGGCGCCGGUGAAGCUUCAUACGACGUCAGGGCGCAAGACGAAGUCUGAUUUCCAACUAGGUAUGCCCGUCUUGGAGUUCUUCUGCCGCAGCUUCUUCUCAAUCAUAAGAAGAUCGUUAAUUCCUUGCGGUGGUCUGGAAGGCAGAACCACAAGGGGGUUAUCGCACUCGAAGUACAUUCGCGAGGAUGCUGUGCUUCGAGAGUUGCUUGGAGGAGGAAGUAGCCCCAUUAAAGACAAAGCAAACUCUGGCGAUUGGAAAGAGGCGUUUGCUAAGGUUAUCAAGAAGCUUUCCUUGACUGAUGCCUCCAAGGAAUCAAGCGAAUCCGAAAUGAUUGGUAGGGGGAAAGAGCAGGAAGAAAUCAUGUCGUUUCUGAAAGGUGCAAUCUGCGGUGGGAACGAGGAAACUGGCUCGUCGAUGUUUUGUGCAGGGCCUCCAGGCAUGGGCAAAACUGCGUGCAUUCGAGCCGCCAUUGCAAAGCUCCAACGUGAUCAGGCAUCUGGACUUGUUCCAGCAUUUCGAUUCGUUGCUUUGAAUGGCAUGGAGAUGCGCCACCCCUUCGAGGCCUACGUCCGCCUGCUUGAAGCUGUGAAGGGUGGUGUGAGAGUACGAAAUUCGGAGGAAGAAGCUGCGGCUGCGCUGGAAAAGUAUUUCACCUCACCUUCCAGACAAGUUGAUCCGAAGGAAAAUGUUGUCACUGUGGUUCUGCUCGACGAAAUUGACUAUCUUGUGACACAAAAGCAAACAGUAAUGUACAAUUUCUUUGAUUGGCCCCGCAGGUCUGCGGCGCUAUGUGCUUCCGGUCAAAGUGGACGUCGACUUGUAGUCAUUGGGGUGUCCAACACUCUGAACCUGCCGGAACGACUACAACCUAGAGUCCAAUCAAGGAUUGGGAACAAGCGAUGCUACUUCAAAUCAUACGAUGUCAAAGAAAUCAAGUCUAUAUUGAAAGCUAAGAUUCACCAAGCAUCGCCUGACUUUCCAGUAUUUGACGAUGAUGCCAUUACAUUUGCUGCCAAGAAAACUGCAGCAGUCUCGGGAGACGUGAGAAAAGCUUUCCAAUUUUGCCGCUCUGCCGCGGAGAGAGUGUUGAACGAGCUCAUACACAGCAAUCAAUCCAACGGCCAACAAAGCCGAAAGAUGCUGGUAAAGAUUCCGGACGUGCAAAAAGUCAGUAAGGAUGCUUCUGAUUCGGGGCUUGCCAAAUCUGUUGCGCAGUCAACUCCAUUCGAAGCACUCUUAGUGGUUUCUCUGGCAUCGCUGAGCAGAACCACUGGUCGAGAGAACAAAGGAUUUGAUAUUGAAGAGAUCCUAACAAAGAUGGAUGCUAUGGCGGGUGCUAUGGGGGAUGACGAGUACAGCCCCCCACCUCGUUUGGAAGAGACUCUGUUGCUGUUGAACAGGCUAGCUGAGGCUCAAAUCGUCGUCCUUCAGACACCCACGAAUGCAAGCUUGAGCUAUCGAUCUUCAUUGGUCGGCAUGGGUGGUGCUUGGCCUAUCGUGACAUCACAGAUAGAUGAAAGCAGCGUUUACGGGGCACUGCGACAAUCCAGGCACAAAGAUUUGGCCGAAAAGUAUUUGGGCAGAGUAGGAUUCUAG